AUGCGUAAAGCGCGGCCCCACCUCGGCGUUGCCUUGGUGAUCCAGGAUGGACCACGCCCAUCGGGCUGGUCCUCCGCACUGUCCCAGCGCCGCGGCGGGCCGGCUGUCCUCCUUCAGUCCCCGANCCACGCUGCGCGGAGCGGUCGAGCACCGGAGAUGUGGAAGCUGAGCCGAAGUCGAGUGCUUCUGGACGAGCCCCCCGAGGAAGAGGAUGUGCUGCGAGGGGCACCGCCAGCAUCAGCAGCCGCCCCGGCGUCGGUGAGGGCACGCGUAGGGGCGCAGGGAGCAAGUCUCAGAGGUUGGAAAGAAGCAACUUCUCUGUUUAAUAAAGAUGAUGAAGAACAUCUCCUCGAGACUUCCAGAUCUCCUAAGUCCAAAGGGUGAGUCGGAAGCAGCCGUCUUG